AUGUUUUCUCUGCCAGUGGUCAUGUCCGGGGCGUGGUUUUUCUGGUCAAUGGCGGCGCUGAUCUUUACCUGGUUCUGUAUGCUGCAUUCCGGCUUGAUGAUUCUGGAAGCUAACCUGAAUUACAGAAUCGGUUCGAGUUUUGACACCAUCACCAAAGAUUUGCUGGGCAAAGGCUGGAACGUGGUCAACGGCAUUUCCAUUGCCUUUGUGCUCUAUAUCCUGACCUAUGCCUAUAUUUCUGCCAGUGGUUCGAUUCUGCAUCACACCUUCGCAGAGAUGUCACUAAACGUCCCGGCACGGGCGGCGGGUUUUGGUUUUGCAUUGCUGGUAGCGUUUGUGGUGUGGUUGAGCACUAAAGCCGUCAGUCGCAUGACAGCGAUUGUGCUGGGGGCGAAAGUCAUUACCUUCUUCCUCACCUUUGGUAGCCUGCUGGGGCAUGUGCAGCCUGCGACAUUGUUCAACGUCGCCGAAAGCAAUGCGUCUUAUGCACCGUAUCUGUUGAUGACCCUGCCGUUCUGUCUGGCAUCGUUUGGUUAUCACGGUAACGUGCCAAGCCUGAUGAAGUAUUACGGCAAAGAUCCGAAAACCAUCGUGAAAUGUCUGGUGUACGGUACGCUGAUGGCGCUGGCGCUGUAUACCAUCUGGUUGCUGGCGACGAUGGGUAACAUCCCGCGUCCGGAGUUUAUCGGUAUUGCAGAGAAGGGCGGUAAUAUUGAUGUGCUGGUACAGGCGUUAAGCGGCGUACUGAACAGCCGUAGUCUGGAUCUGCUGCUGGUCGUGUUCUCAAACUUUGCGGUAGCGAGUUCGUUCCUCGGCGUAACGCUGGGUUUGUUUGACUAUCUGGCAGAUCUGUUUGGUUUCGACGACUCGGCUGUGGGCCGCUUGAAAACGGCAUUGCUGACCUUUGCCCCGCCAGUUGUGGGGGGGCUGUUGUUCCCGAACGGAUUCCUGUACGCCAUUGGUUAUGCUGGUUUAGCGGCUACCAUCUGGGCGGCAAUUGUUCCGGCGCUGUUAGCCCGUGCAUC